AUGGGAUACCCACAGGAGCCACCCUCAUAUUCAGCCUACCAACCUACUCAAUACUUGCAGUCCCCACGGGUGUGCUGCAUCACCCUAAACGAAUGCGACAAACUGCGUCUUAUCGGCACACCCCCCGAGCUCUCCCAUCAGAUCCGCCAGGCCAUUGCUACCUCCUGGGGCCGGAUCCAGCGCGAGGCCAAUUAUUCGGGUGCACAUGAAUUCAAGCUCAUGGGCAACCCCUGGCUCGGCCAGGGCAUCGAGGCCGUCAGAUCCAGACGACUGCUUACAGGCGUGCUCAGGACUAUGGCUCAGAACGGUUGGAACUUGAUCCAGGCGGCCGAUGUCUCGAAGAAGCAGGGCGAUAAGGACUCGUUGUUUUUUGAAUCGGUCUCGCAGGCGACUGGCAUUGUCGACGUGGGUGCAGUUGAGAUGUUUGCGAUGAGCUUUAAUCGAACAGACAGGAUCCGGCUGAUUGACGCGCCUGCAGAUAUCCCAGCACUGAUCAAGCAUGCCGUUCAGACGCAGUGGAAGUUUGGCAUUCAACAAGAGCAAAUAUACGACACGUCCUAUGAGUUCAAGCUGCGCGGAAACCCGUUCGUCCCUUGCGGUGUUGAGGCCGUGGUCUCCAGGAUGAUGUUGUCUCAAAUAUUGGCAAAUCUCAGGGCAAUUGGGUUCAAGUUGUACGCCUCUGUUGACAUCAGCGUCGGUACUGAAGGUCAAGAUGUCGAGUCCUGGGUCUUCCGUCGUGUUGGUCCUGCCUGGUCCUAA